AUUGAAAUCAACCUAAAGCUUUUUUUUCCAUUAUUCUAAAGGUAGAUCCGAUUAUUGCUAACUUAAACAUCGAAGUGUCUACCCCGAGGAUCCACCUCGGGCUUUGCAGGUUCAUCUAGAGUGAAAACAUGGACUAAAGGAGGACUUCUGGUUUGGUGCAAUUACAUUUGGCGCCGUCUGUGGGAAUCCGAACUAAAAGCUCUCUUGUUGCUCUUUCAUUAUGGUUAACACUCGGUCUGUUCGAGCAAGAAGUCAAGCUUCGCCUCCUGCCUGGGGCCAAGUUCAGUACCUCAAUAACCUUUCACCUUAUAUCCCAAAUCUAUUCCCUCCUGUUGAACAUGCAGAAGGAGGUGAUGAGAACCAACCUCACAAUUCAGCUCUCAUCCUGAACCAAGCUCGAAAUAAUCCUGGUGAUCCCCUCAUUAAUCUGCUUAACCCUACUCAACAACCUCCAAUUCAACAGCAAAAGCCCCAACCAGUUCAACAUGCUCUUGCCCUCAAUGAAUCUCAAGGUCAGUCUCAUGUGGCCUCAGCUCAACAACCUUUACUUGACGAUGUCACAAGACAUCUAGACAGCUUAGAAAAAAUGGUAGCCGAGCAGUCAGGUGCUCCACCUCCCCACCAUAACACUACUUUAAUACCUCAUCCUCUAAACACCAACAUAACAUUGGAACCUUAUCCUAUUGGUUUCAAGAUACCUCAGCUCAAAACAUAUGAUGGAACGAAGGACCCAAAUGACCAAUUGCAUGCUUUUUACUCUUAUAUGCAGGCUCAGAAUGCCUCUUAUGCAUUGAGGUGUAAGAUCUUUCCUUCCACUCUCCGAGGUACUUGUGAGGCACUUGAUAACAAACUUGAAGAUGAAACUCGAGCUACUUCAAUUGAAGAUGUCGAGGAAGUGAAGAUUGAUGACAGAGAUCCGAAUAGAAAGAUACAAAUCGGAACUCGAUAUGCUAGGGAUUCCAACCUCGGUAUCUCAACACAAGCUCAACACCAAUCCAUUGAAGAAACUAGUAGCCCAAAAGCGAACAUGGUGACCAUCGUAUUCCGAGCUCAGAUAGGCAAGAAUCUAGAAGUUUAUGUCGAUAACAUCGUGGUGAAGAGCCGAGAAGCCAAAGAUCAUUUAGCUGAUCUUAAUGAGACAUUCAACAAUCUGAGAAAGAACAUAAUGCAAUUGAACCCAGCGAAGUGUACCUUUGGUGUGGAGUCUGGAAAAUUUCUAGGCUUCAUGGUAUCCAAGAGGGGGAUUAAGGUUAACCCAAAAAAGAUCAAAGCAAUAGCUGAGAUAGAAUCACCGAAGUUAGUGAAGGAUGUGCAGAGAUUAACGAGGAGAGUGGCAACUCUCCAUAAAUUUAUAUCGAAGUCAGUAGAUAAAUGUCUACCAUUCUUCAAGAUCAUGAGGUCAGCAACUCAAAAGGAUGAAUCUGGCAAGUAGAAGAAGUUUGAAUGGAACUUAGAAUGCCAAGCUGCAUUCAAUGAGCUGAAGUCUUAUCUUAACUCAAUCCAUUUGCUAACAAAAGCUAUAGAUGGAGAGAUCCUUUAUUUAUACCUCAGUAUCUCAGAUGAAGCAAUCAAUUCUAUGCUAGUGA